AAGAAGACUAUUCACUUUCCGGGUCAGUUUAUUAAUGGUACCUGCUUCUCAAAACAGCAAGAAUCCCGAGGCAGUGUUUACAUUUUUAACUAAACGUUUUGUGGAAUAAAAUAAACAUCACAAGAGCAAUACCAUGUCAGACACGGAGACAAAACCCUCAAGUGGAGAUGGAAGUGAGAAGAAAGAUGGAGAGUACAUUAAACUGAAGGUGAUUGGUCAGGACAACAGUGAAAUUCACUUCAAAGUGAAGAUGACAACACAUCUAAAGAAGCUAAAGGAAUCGUACAGUCAAAGACAGGGUGUACCAAUGAACACCCUAAGGUUUCUGUUUGAAGGACAGAGAAUCUCAGACAACCAAACCCCCAAAGAGCUUGGAAUGGAAGAUGAGGAUGUCAUUGAAGUGUAUCAGGAACAGACCGGUGGACUUUGGAAUGAUUAGACUUGCUAUAUUUUUUUCUCAUUUUGAAUUUUGUAUGUAUUUUGCUUUUGUGCUUUGCGCCAUCUGGAUCACACACUCUAUUGGGGCUUCCAUGUGCGAGGGCACAAAGAACGACUGUGUUAGAAUGGGUAGACGAUCUGUUCUUUCUCCUUUAAAAACACCUCGCACAAUGAAUUCUUCUCCCUCCUUUUACAAUGCAGGUAACAUUGUAGUGCAGACAGUGUCAUAGCUGAAUGUCCCCUAUUGAGAGAUGGCAYGCAUACAAUGACUGGUUUUCUCUAGACUCUGCUACACAUGCCUCUUUCGCACCUAAAGUUGGAAUAUACCACCUAUGAAUGCUAAAGCAUUGUUUUGAAACUGUUUAACAAUCYCAGUUUCCUACCAUUGAUGGAUAUGGUGUAAUGAUAUUUGAAAUGUUUUUAUGAUCAUGAUGUAUAUUUUGCAUCCAGUAUGUGUGUAAUAAUUAUUCAUGUUCGGGGUCCCCCAACUGGCGGGACGAAUUUGGCCCRCGGGUAA